GUGCUUUUUAGUAGUCAUUUGAAGUGAGACACGGAGAGGAAGAGGAGAGAGAUGGCGGCGGCGAUGCAGUGGUGCGGCGUGAUGACGCGACGGAUUAUGAUGGCGCAGAGUACGCCUGGAGCAGUGACGAAGUAUUCUUCGUUAUCCCCGGCGGCGGCGGCGAUGGAAGUGUGCGGGAGAGGGGAUAGUAAGACGAAGAAAGGGAAAAGGUUCAAAGGAUCGUACGGUAACUCGAGAGGGAAGAAGCAGAAGAUGAUUGAGAGGAUCAAAGACAAGCUCGAGGUUCCCAGGUCCACUCCUUGGCCUCUCCCUUUCAAGCUCAUCUGAAGAAAUUUCACUAUCGUGCUAUAAAAAAAAAUGUCGCCUUUAGUGAUGAGUUCUCACUUCUUUAAACUGUCUGUAUACUUACUUCUUCUUCUUUUUCUUCAUGAAGUGUUGAGUAUAAACUCGUCUGUGCUUUUUUGUUUGAUUGAAUAAAAUGUUACUGGAUCAGUA